AUGAGAAAAGUGAAUAAUAUAGAAAUAGAAGAGGUAGAUAAUAUAGAAACAGGAAAAGUGGAUAAUAUAGAAGUGGAAAAAGUGGAUAAUAUAGAAGUGGAAAAAGUAAGUAAUAUAGAAGUGAGUAAUAAUAGAGAAGUAGAAGUGAAAAAAGUGAGUAAUAUAAAAGUGGGUAAUAAUAGAAAAGUGGGUAAUAUAGAAAUGGAAAAAGUAGAUAAUAGAAGUGAAAAAAAAAUAGAAGAGGUGAGUAAUAUAGAAAUGGGAGAAGUGGAUAAUAUAGAAGUGGAAAAUAUAGAAAUAGAAAAAGUAUAUAAUAUAGAAAUAGAAAAAGUAGAUAAUAUAAAAGUAGAAAAAGUGGGAGAAGUAGAAUAG